CCUCCCCUCCCCUCUCCUCUUCUUCUCUCCUGUCGCUCUAAUACUCCCUUCAGUCUUGCGGGUUUCUUGCCUGCAGUCAUCACAUCCUUUUAUGGACUCGAUGAGCUCUCGGUUCAAAUCUUUUGUGUUUGUAUCAAAGCGCAAGGCAACAACGUCCGCUGCAUCUAUCGCCUCAAACAACGCCUCCACCUCUCCCCAGUCAGGUCCCAAUUCGUCUUCAGCGAGCCUCCCCAUGAACAACCCAAACCACCUGGGCCGCCCACCGAGCUACUCUUACACCGCUGGUGGGCGACCGGCAAGCCCGUUGCCACCAGGACAGCAUCAGCAGCUGGCCCAUCAUCCUCCUCCUCUCAAUACUGGCGUCGGGUAUUCCCAUCACGGACAUAUGGCCGGUGCCGCUCCGCCUCCCCCCGGCUACGGCUACCCUCACCCGCAGCAUACCAGCAUUCCUCCUUCCAUAUCACAGUAUCCACCUGGCCGACCUCACACUGAGCUGGAAGGUGGUGGCAGGAGCAAGGCCCAGCUCAUCGUCGGUAUUGAUUUCGGAACUACGUUCUCCGGUGUCGCUUACGCGUUUGCAACAAAUACUGAAGCGAGAGAAGACAUAAUAACCGAAUGGCCUGGUGCCGGAAUCCAUAUAAAACAAAAGAUUCCCACUGUUUUAUACUACGACCAGUAUCAAAAGGUAGUGGGAUGGGGUCCGGAUAUCGCCGACGCGCUUGCUCCCACUGGUUAUCCAAAGCAAGGCGUCCAAAAGGUUGAAUGGUUUAAGCUGCAGUUAAUGAUCUCAGGGAACACAUACAUCGAUCCCAUUAAUUUACCCCCUUUGCCUCCAGGAAAGUCAGAGAUCGAUGUUGCAGCCGACUAUCUGUUCAAACUCCGCGGAGCAAUGAGAAAUCAAUUACUCAAGACUCUUGGCGAGGUGUUCACACGAGAGGAGCGAAACAUUCGUUAUUUCUUAACUGUGCCGGCCAUCUGGAAUGAUGCCGGAAAGGCCGCUACUCGUGCAGCUGCUAUCCAAGCUGGGUUUUUGCGUGACGAGAACGACAACCGGCUCACUCUUAUUACCGAACCUGAAGCAGCAGCUAUGUUUUGUGCAAAGAGCGGCCUCCUUAGUCUGAAGAUGCAUGAUGCCAUUCUGAUCGUGGAUUGCGGCGGUGGCACCGUCGAUCUUAUCGCGUAUGAAGUUGAAGAAGAACACCCCUUCUCUGUGUGUGAAUGCACCGCUGGUUCUGGAGAUUCUUGUGGAUCCACCGCACUCAACAGAAAUUUUAGCAACAUUCUAAGAGCAAAGAUUCGCAAAAUGAAGUUGCCGGAUGGCGCGAGGACGGCUGGAAAGGUCUAUGCCAAAUGUAUCAUGGAUUUCGAAAACAGAAUCAAGGCAGACUUCCGGAACAAUGGCCAGAAAUGGGCUGUCGAUGUCGGAAUUGAAGCGGACUUCCCAGACGCUGGCAUCGAAGAUGGGUAUAUGACUUUCACCAAUGAAGAAAUUCUUCAAUGCUUUGAGCCCGUUGUGAAUAGGAUCUUGGAGCUUGUGCGAAACCAGAUCAUCGCCAUUCAAGCCCAGAAUCGACCUCUCCAGAAUAUCCUUGUCGUUGGUGGCUUCGGUGCAUCCGAAUACCUCUUCCAGCAGAUCAAGUUACAUGUUCCCCCACAAUAUCAAACCAAAGUCGUCCGACCAAUGGACUCUGUUGCUGCUAUAGUCAAGGGUGCUGUCACGGCUGGUAUCACCGAACGCGUCGUUACCUCUCGCGUGGCCCGUCGCCACUAUUUAAUGGCAACGUUGCAACCAUUCAAAGAAGGUCACCACCCUGAACAAUAUCGUGUUCCGAGCUUGGAUGGUAAGGACAGAUGCAAGUAUACUCGGCAGAUUUUUGUCCAAAAAGGCGAAAGAGUCAAGAUUGGAGAACCGGUUAAAGUCAGCUUCUUCCGUCAAGUUGCUCCUGGUGCAACUCUGAUGUACGAGGAUAUCCUGUACGCUUGUGAUGAGGAUGUGUGCCCGGAAUACACUAAGGAUCCACGUAUCAAGGAAGUCGUCACUCUUACAUCAGAUCUUUCUCGGAAGAACCUCGAGAAAGAUUUUGAACGCAUGGAUACUCCUCAAGGCACGUUUUAUCGAGUUUACUUUGACAUUUAUCUUACCCUCGACGGAAGCGAAUUUAAUGCGGAGCUCGUCUGCCAAGGAGAGGUCAUGGGCCGAUGCUCUGCCCGAUUCCGGUAA